AACUUGUCCUGGUAAAAACAAGAUGUGUGUAUCAGCCAGCAGGAACAGGUCUACUGCCAGUGAAAAAUAGACGGAGCUCACACAUCCGAAGACUCUCAGAGACAUAAAUGGACAAAAUCAUGCCCAACAUAAGUUUUGAAGAUAGCCACUUACCUUCUCUAAUCAUUGAAGAGAUAUUGGAAAACAUCAUCACAAGCUCUUUGUCUGUAUCUCCUUCUACCAAACCAGUGGUCUUUGAUACUGCUGAUGACUUCACGGACCAGUCAGUCCCAGGAUACGAUGAAGAUACAAGUGUGACCGUGCAGAAAAUGGAGAAUGGCGCGAAGAACACUAAAAGAAUAUCCUUUAAUGAAGAUGUAACUGUUGUAUAUUAUGAGCAGAUUCCUGUGGGUGUAGGUGAGAGCAGUGAGUCAGAAUGUUUGAAGAUGAAAGAAGAUCAUCAGGAGAUGGAAACUGAAGUAACCCAGGAACAAGAAGAGGCUGGAAGUGGAUAUGAUGAUCAAGUAGACACUGGUGGAAAUAAUGCACAGCUUAGUAAAUUGAAGAGGAAGUGCAAUGACAGUGUCUUAGAAGAUGACUUUGUCAUUCCCUUGAAGGUCAUAAAACCUGAAGCAGAUUUGCCGCUUGGUUGCCAGGAUGGAAAUGAGGGAAAACUUCAAGUGAGCCAGCAUUACAUUGAUGAGAACAAAGCCAAAGAAGAAGCUGACCAAGAAGAAGUAGAAGCCAAUUUUGAAUCCAAUUUUGAGUCCAGUGUGGCAAUUCUGAACAGAGAGUCAGAUUUUGGAGAAACAACAAGUGCUAACAGAGUAGCAAGUAGCACUUUAGGUUGUCCAUCUGACAUGGCUAGUGCAGUUAAAGAUAAUUCAAUAACUAUUUCUUUACUUCCAUAUAAUGAUGCUAGCAUCAAUGAUAAUCACCAAAGUGGACUGUUCUUCUCAAAUGAUGAAAUAAUUGAUGAUUGUAGAUUUGUGAUGCAAUCAAUUGUAGACAUCACUGUAACUCAUGAGAUGCUGCAGAGCGCCAGUCUGGAUAGAAACUCAGAUGACACUUCUGGUGUUGCUGAACAACCACCUACUAAGAAGAUAAAGUUUGCUUUGUCUGACAUCCAGGCUUCCAAAAAUACAUUUUCCAUUUCCACCAUUCCAUGUCUACCAGUUGCUGAAGCAAAGGACUCUUCUCCAAACAAGGUACCUCUUAAAGUUGACACAUCUACUGAAGAUGUGGAACAACUGCAUAUCCCUGAGACUAAAAACACCAAAGCAUGGUUUCAAGAGGCAACAGUAUUGUAUGAUAACCACACUCUUGACCUAUUUUCAGAGAAGAACAGUGGCCAAAGUUUCAGUUCCCUGCAAGGUUCAUCUGAUUCUAAUAAUGAGUCUACAUCUACUCUAGAUGUAAUGGCUAAAGAAGAUGUAAAGAGCAUAACUCUCAUGGAACAAGCAGAUGUGGCUGCAGAGCUUGAUGAGAAAGUAACUGUGGUAGAACAUAAUAAACUUCUAUUAAGAAAUGAUCUCGAAGGAGAAGAUAGCCCAUAUACAUCUACUCUAGAUGUGGAAGAAGCUGACAAUGAUCUAGACAUAUCUAAGGAUGAAACAAAUACCUAUUCAUAUGUACUUGCUCAAGAUUUGCAACUGGAUGAGUCAGAAGAGUUUUCAGAACAGCCAGAAUGUCUCGAAAUAGAGCUCCAUGGUACAAAAGGAGGUAAUGAUGGCAAUGCACUCUUAUCUUCAUCUGAUGUAGAAGUAGUGAAAUCAGAAGAUGUCUAUGUAGAUGCCAUAGAACCGUCUCUUCAAGAGGACAUCAUGCCUUCUCCAGGAUCAAGUGAUGAUGAAUUCAGCUGCACCUUCCAGACGGCUUCCCAGGUGCUUGCCAAUAGUCAAGAGAGGAUUUGCAGCCAGCCUCUAGGGGAAUUCAGCGGAAUGACAUCUAGAGACCCUGAUUUCAUGGAAAAUGGAAAGUUGCAGGUAACGUCUGCAGUCCCUUUCAAUGAAAGUCAAAUGCAAGAUGUGGUUGAGGAUGACUGGAAAACCUUCCGUGAUGGAGAUGACAGUAUUUCCAAGGUACCAGAUAUAUCUGUACAAGGUCACCCUGACACCCAAGAGCAACACAGCACCCAUCAGUAUGUUGGAUGUAAAGCAAAAUAUUCCUCCUUGGAGAUUACUGACCACGAUUUCCUACAUGUUUUGGGACUGUCACCAAAGCACAAACUGACCGUAGGUGAAGAGAGGAAGUCCUGUGACUUUAGCCCCAGUGAGACCUUUACCUCGCCUUCUCUCCUUCCAGAUGGUUCACUGAAGGAUAUUGAAGAAACAGAAGAGAUUGAGACAUGUAUUCCGCUGCUACAUCCAAUAUUCGGAUAUCUUGAUUGUUCGCCAAAGGACAGUUCAAGGCUUAAAUCUUCUCCAAACAUGGAAAUGACACUGGAAUCAGGUACGGUUCAUGACAACCGUGCGUGUUCACCCAUACAGCAUUCUGAGAUGAAACUUGCUGCUGACUUAGAGACAUCUGCUGAUGUAAAGUUGAGCAUCGGUGAGGUGAAUGUCAGCAAUGACCAAACAGUUCCUUCUCUUCAGGCUCCUGGGAAACAGAACCCUUGCAUUGACCAGCUUCUGGAGUUGGAGGAAUCCAUAUUUUCUGAGCAAGAUACCAAGCAGCAAGAUGGUCCAACCAAACAAAGCAUUCAUGACCAAGAGAAGACGGCAAGUAUCAAAGAUUUUGAGGACAAACCUAUUCCGGAUCACCUCCAGACCUUGGGUCAGACUGCAGCAGGUGUUUUCCUGUGGAGCCAUUCUCUCCCGGAUCCGUCCCUGACGCCUCGCUCUCUUACCCAGGACCAAAACACCCUUCUGAACACAGCACAAAACCAGACCCCUCCUAUCACCCCCGUGCGCCCUCUACCUGUCUGUCAGCGUAAGAGAAGAAUCGGACUGUCGAGACGCCAGCUCGUGUACCCACUUCAUGCAAGAACAUUACCAAGAAAGUAGAAACACACAACCUCUGUGUUGAAAUGAGCUUGGAGGUAUGAAUCUCGUGUUUAAUCAAAAGUAUUGUAUGUACCACUGUAGGUCCAUGGUCUAAACAUGUUAUUUGGGUCUGAAUUUUCAGACUGCAAAGUAUAAAUUAGCAUACUGCAGGCCUUCCAAACUUUAUUUGACACAGAAAUCUGGGGCACUUCUGUUAAAGUCCAUGUCUACCUUGACAAAAGGGAAACAGGUAAAUUAUUUCACUAAUAAUUUCAUAAAAUUUUUAUGUAAAAUAAGAAAUGCAUGACAUUCAAAACUUUUAUUUAACAAAACAGUUGUAUGCACAACCUGAUCAAUGUGCAAAUGAGGUAGCUGAUAAUUGUUAGUAUUUCUGUCUUAUUACAUGAAGUGAAAUAUGAAAAGGUAACCUUUCAUAUUUUUUAUGUUAAGAGAGUCUCCAACAAUUUCUUUGUAUUAUGCUUUGUCCUUGUUUAUGGACUUGCAAUGCCUGCUAGUAUAAUACACCAUGUACACUGUUAAAACUCAAACUGAUGCAUACACACAUCCCUUGUGAGUGACUAGUCUUUGCUAAACGGCUUGCUACUAAGAAGAAAUGGAAAUGGAAUACUAACAAAACAUGAAACAUUUCUGUUAAUUUUUCCUUUUUAUUUUUGCUUUAUUUUUUUUCC